AUGGCCUCCCACGUCGCCCGCUCCGGCAUCACCACCGAUGCCAUAACCGGCGAACGCUACAUUCCCUCCUCGGUACGCGCUGACGGCUCCAAGCGCAAGGAGAUUCGUGUCAAGCCAGGCUACAGACCCCCCGAAGAUGUCGAAGUCUACAAGACCGGUGCAGCAGCCGCUUGGAAGAACCGCGCAAAAGGCGGGGUGCCAGGUGCUGAACGAUUGAGCACCGGCGAAGACAAGACCACUGCCGCAACCACCGCCGCUACCGCAGCCAGCAACAAGAACGCCAAGCGGCGUGAAGCCAAGCGCCAGACCAAAGAAAACGACCAGCCCACCUCCGCUGAGACCAAAGGUGUGGAGUCCAACAACUGGCGUGCCCAGGCUGCGGCACCCGCACCACCUAAGAAGGAGGAAAAGCCCGCCGAGGAGCCCGUUGACGUGGAGGCGGAGAAGGAGAAGAAGGCUCGAAAUUUGAAAAAGAAACUCCGUCAGGCCCGUGAUCUGCGUCUCAAGAAACAGCAGGGUGAGGCCUUGCUCCCCGAGCAACUGGAGAAGGUUAUCAAGAUCCAGGAACUGGUGCGUCAGCUAGAUAUGCUUGGAUUUGACUCCAACGGCGACAAGAAGACGGAUGAGAAAUAA